UGAGGACGGUGCUGCAGUUCUGCAGGUUUCUGUAAAACUGGACAAACGGCAUGAAUCAGCUCAGCGGUGAAGUCGGUUUAACUGCGGAUUGAAACAAUUUUAACUUUAACUCUGAGUUAAAGCCUUACAGACCUGAUUCAGAUUCAUUUUUUAAAACUUUUCCAGAUAUUUUGGAACAUGUAAGGUUUUCUUCAGCAUGUUGGCUUGGAGACGGCAGGUUGAACUGGACCAGUCACAGCUGGAAAAUGACUUCAUACCCUGUGACAUAAGUGAGUAUCGCACAGUCUAGACAUGUUGCAACCAUGACGUCUGAGGAGAAACCGCAACAGUGGUGGAGCUUCGCCACUCUGUUUCCAUGGUGCUACAGAGGACAUGACCAACAACCAACGUCCCCUGAAAAUGCCAUGCCGAUGCAGGUCUUGGAGCCCAUGCCUCCCCCCCAGGAGGUGGACUCCCGGUUUACUGAACUGGUGAAUGAACUGGGGCUCUCAGAGCAGAAGAAAGCAGCCAUGUUUGCUUUGCCAACAAAAAAGAAGUGGGAGAUUUACUGUUUCAAUAAAAACGAUGCAGCUGUGGAAAGAGGAGCAACCAGCUGGCCUCAGUAUUACAUAGACCAGCUCAACUCCAUGGCCGUCAUAAAGCCUGUGCUGGCAUCGGAAGAAGAAGAGCAAGUCAGGCUAAAACAGGUUAAUGGUCUGAAAACAGCGCUGCGGACUCAGCCAAUAAGUUUUGUGACCGGCUUCCUUGACCAGGAUGGCCUCUCCUGCAUCCUUAACUUUCUCAAGUCCAUGGACUAUGAAACGGCUGAAUCCCAGAUCCACACGUCUCUGAUCGGCUGCAUCAAGGCCCUGAUGAAUGGCUCUGAGGGCAGAACCCAUGUCCUGGAACACCCAGAGAGCAUCAACAUCGUCGCUCAAAGCCUAGCUGCAGAAAACAUCAAAACCAAGGUGGCUGUUUUGGAGAUCCUUGGCGCUGUGUGUUUGGUUCCAGGAGGCCAUAAGAAGGUCCUGGAGGCCAUGGUCCACUACCAGACGUUUGCCUCAGAGAGGACUCGCUUCCAGAACCUGAUGAUCGACUUGGACCGGUCCACAUGGCGCCACAGGGACGACGUCAGCCUGAAGACGGCCAUCAUGUCCUUCAUCAAUGCAGUUCUCACUCAGGGAGCAGGAGAGAACAAUCUGAACUUCCGGAUUCAUCUGCGCUACGAGUUCCUGAUGUUGGGCAUCCAACCGAUCCUGGAUAAGCUCCGGUCCCGGGAGAACAGCACCCUGGACAAGCACAUGAACUUUUUUGAGGAGUCCAGGAUUGAAGAUGAAGCUGAGAUUGCUAAACGCUUUAAAACUACCCACAUCGACACUAAGAGUGCGAGCCAGAUGUUUGACGUGAUCAAGAGCAAACUGAGCCACACUGAAGCUUACCCUCAUUUACUGUCUGCUCUGCAGCACUGCCUCAUCAUGCCAUAUAAUAACAGCAGGAUGUCGGUUCAGUACUGGGUGCUGUUGGACCGGAUCAUUCAGCAGAUGGUUCUGCAGUCGGAUAAAGGCGAAGAUCCAGAUGUGGCACCGCUGGGGGAUUUCAACAUGAAGAAUGUUCUGAGCAUGCUGAUGAAGGAAAACGAGAUGAAACGGUGGAAAGAAGAAGCAGAUGAAAUGCGAAAAGAGCAUCAGAAGCUGCAGCAAAGCCUUGAGAAGAAAGAGAGGGAGUGUGAAAUCAAGAACAGCGAAAGAGAGGAGUUGUUUGAGAUGCUGAAAAAGGUGAAAACCAAGCUGGAGCGAGAGAGCGACGAGCACAAACGAACAAAGCAACAAGUGGAGGAGCUGAACACUCGACUGCAGCAGCUCAGCUCUAGCUCAAGCAUUCCAGGAGGACCUCCAAUCACCCCUGGUGGCUUCGUUUCACCUGUUUCCACCCCCACUGCUCCUGGUCCUGCUCCUCCUCCACCUCCUCCUGGAGUGCCUCCACCUCCAGCUCCUCCUCCUCCUCCUGCACCAGGACUUACUUUAGGGAUGACAGAGAAGAAGAAGAACAUCCCUCAACCGUCCAGCCCACUGAAGUCCUUCAACUGGAGCAAAUUACCGGAGGCUAAGAUAACAGGAACCAUCUGGAAAGAAAUCGACGAUAAAGAUGUGUUCAAAGUUCUGGAUCUGCAGGAGUUUCAGAAGAGUUUCUCAGCUUACCAGCGAUCAGCGAAAGAAACUGGUGACACUGAGUCUGUUAAAAAAGUCAAGGAGUUGUCAGUGAUCGACGGGCGCCGAGCGCAGAAUUGCAACAUCCUGUUGUCAAAGCUGAAGAUGACCAACGAGGAGAUCUGCCAGGCCGUCAUGAGCAUGGAUGAUCAGCAGGAGUUGCCCAAAGACAUGUUGGAGCAGCUGUUGAAGUUUGUCCCUGAGAAGAGUGACAUUGACCUUUUAGAGGAACACAAACACGAGCUGGAGCGCAUGGCCAAAGCCGACCGCUUCCUGUUUGACAUGAGCAGAAUCGACCACUACCAGCAGAGACUCCAGGCUCUUCACUUCAAGAAGAAGUUCAAUGACCGAAUGGCCGAAGUCCAGCCUAAGAUUGAAGCUCUCAAGCUCGCCUCCUCUGAGGUGAUCCAGAGCCAGGCGCUCCGUCAGCUCCUGCAGGUGGUUCUGGCUUUCGGGAACUACAUGAACAAAGGACAACGAGGAAACGCCUAUGGGUUCAAAGUUUCCAGCCUCAACAAGAUGGUUGACACCAAGUCCAGCAUUGACAGAAACAUCACUCUGCUGCACUACAUGAUCACUGUGCUGGAGAAAAAGUUUCCUACAGCCGCAUCUUUCAGCAAAGAGCUGCAGAAUGUCCCAGAAGCUGCUAAAGUCAACAUGACGGAGUUGGAGAAGGAAAUAAACACUCUGCGUUCUGGUCUGAAGAGCAUUGAAGCAGAGCUGCAGUACCAGCAGAAACAGUCUUCCCAGCGUCCAGUGGAUAAGUUUGUGUCUGUGGUCAGUCAGUUCAUCACCAUGGCUUCCCUCAACUUCUCAGACGUAGAAGAUUCUUUGCAAGAAGCCAAAGAUCUGUUUGUAAAAGCGCUGACGCACUUUGGAGAGGAUCCGUCCAAACAGCAGCCGGACGACUUCUUUGGGAUCUUCAACACUUUCCUGUUGGCGUACUCUGAAGCCCGGCAGGAUAACGAGGACAUGGCCCGGCGGCAGGAGGAGGAGGAGAAACGGGCCCUGGCGGAGGCUCAGAAGAAGAAGGAACGGGAGCAGAGGAUGAGGAAGGCCACGUCAGUCGAGAAGGAGGAAGGAGGAGAGUUCGAUGACCUGGUGUCCGCGCUGCGAUCCGGAGAGGUCUUUGAGAAAAAAGGGGCCAAAGACAAAAAAAGACAAAGAUCGACCAUCAGCCAGUACCAGGACAGGUAGUAACUGGGUUAACUGGGACUGAGGUGGAACCAGUGUCUUGACUAACAACCAGUAACUGACUCGCUGAGACAGGAGCUGAAGUAGAAACAGUUCAUAACCAGGACGGAUUCACUGGAACCGAACCAGUUGGUAACCACCAGCAUCUUACUGGGACUGGACUGGACCAGUACCAGUUGGUAACCACCAGCAUCUUACUGGGACUGGGCUGGAGCAGAACCAGUUUGUAACCAUCCGGAAUCUUACUGGGACUGGAACAUAGUGUUCUUCAGAACCAGCUCACCGGUGUGUCCAUGGUUUCACCCUGAAGAAAUGGUUUUGCUUGAAAGGCAAAACAUUUCAAUGGAGAAAAUAAAAACUCCAUUUUGUUUGUUUCUAAAAAAAACAAAAAAAACAUUCUGGGCCAUUUUAAUGUAACUAAAUUUCUUCACAUUUCACCUUCGAACGAACCCAGGAAGAGCUGAAACAUUCCCAUCACAUCUGAUAUUAUCUGAGACCAGUUAAAGCUGCAGUACGUAACUUUUAUAUACAAAUGUCUUUAUUUUAUUUUAUUUUUUUACAUAUUUCUUAAAGAU